AAUUCCUGCUGCUCUCUUUCUCUCUCAGUGAGAUCAGUGAAAAAUAUCUCCAACCGUCCGGGCUGACUCUCUCUCUUCACCUUUACACAUUAUGUCUGCACUGACGCGUCGCAUUUCGCUACAGUCCAGCUCGGCGUUGGUCUAAUCUCGGAAAUAUGGAUUGACUUUGAUUUUUCCCGGUCGCCUGUUGAAGUUUCAAAGCGCAUUUCUGCGACUGGUCGUGUGUCUAAGCUCAACGAGCUUCAUGUUUCCUUCGGCAACUUUCGGAAGUAACUCGUUCCGGAUGUGUUCACACUGUUGAACUGCUCCUCCGUGCGCACGAUCAGAGGGAUUUUAAAUAAGGAUUGAUUCCGAGGCUUUUACACUUCUUUUAUUCGUGUUUAAAGUGAUGGCGGAGCGGGGAGCCCGGCUGCUCCUCUCUCUUUUCUGCCUCACGAUCACAGUUUCACAUGCUGAAAAAGGAUCAGCAGUGAGGAACUUCAGCCCAUUCUGGUUCUCCACGGAGCCGUCGCAUACACUAGCGGUGCGAGGAGCGCCAGUUCUCCUCAACUGCUCAGUCCACAGCGAGUCUCCUGCCAAGAUUGAAUGGAAAAAAGAUGGCUCUUUCCUCAGCCUGGCUUCAGACGAGCGCAGACAGGUCCUGCCCGAUGGCUCUCUGCUCAUCAGCUCAGUAGUGCACUCCAAACACAAUAAACCCGAUGAGGGGGUUUACCAGUGUGUGGCCACCAUAGACAACCUGGGCACCAUCAUUAGCCGUACAGCUAGACUCAACGUAGCAGGUAUAGCGCGGUUCAUCAGUCAGCCGGAGAUGGCGUCAGUGCGGGUGGGUGACAGUCAAGUGUUGAGCUGUGAGGUCAAUCCAGACCUUGUGUCCUUCAUCCGCUGGGAACAGAACAAAGAGGCGGUGGAGCUGGACAACAGAGUCUUUAGUCUCCCCAGUGGAGCUCUGGUUAUCAGUAACGCCACAGAGACAGAUGCGGGUCUGUACCGCUGCGUCAUCGACAACGCUGGACCCACUAAGACCAGUGAAGAAGCACAGCUAUACAUACUGACAGAAUCUGGUGAGAAAAGGACGCUGGAGUUUCUCCAGGAGCCUCAACAUGUGUCUAAACUGGUCGGCGAAAGUGUCCUCCUCCCCUGUGUGGUGACGGGAUAUCCCACUCCUGACAUCACAUGGAUGUACAAAGACCAGCUCGUCGAGGACAGCAGUGGCCGCUUUGAGAUUCUCGGCGGGGGGAGUCUGCGGAUCUUCAAUCUCACAGAGGAGGAUGCCGGGGUGUACAACUGUCUAGCAGAAAACACCAAUGGGUCCAUUGAAGCCCAGGCUGAGCUUACGCUGAAGGAUUCUCCACAGUUCCUGAAGAAACCUGUGAAUGUGUUUGCUCAUGAAGCCUCAGACGUCAUCUUUGAGUGCGAGGUGUCAGGCUCACCUUCUCCCACCAUCAAAUGGGUGAAAAAUGGCGACGCUGUCAUCCCCAGCGAUUAUUUCAAGAUCAUUAAGGAGCAGAACCUGCAGGUGUUGGGACUGGUCAAGUCAGAUGAAGGUUUCUAUCAGUGUUUAGCUGAGAAUGACGCUGGCAACGUCCAGUCAAGUGCUCAGCUGGUCAUAUUGGAUCAAGAUGUAACCCUCCCCUUACCCCGUCCCACCUCACUGACCCGUGCUACUACUGACCGUCUAAUGCCAGGCUCCAGAGGCGGUGCUGGCCCCACACCCUCCGCCCCCCGUGAUGUGGUGGCGUCCCUGGUGUCCACCCGCUUCCUCAAGCUGACCUGGCGCCUUCCUGCUGAACCACAUGGAGACGAUGUCACCUACUCGGUCUACUACAGCCUGGAGGGCACUAACAGGGAGAGGAUCGUAAACACCAGUCGUCCAGGAGAAAUGCAAGUCACCAUUCAGAACCUCAUGCCAGACACCAAGUAUGCCUUCCGUGUGGUGGCGCACAACAAAAACGGCCCUGGAGAGAGUUCAGCCCCUCUGAGGGUCGAAACCCAGCCUGAAGUCCAGGUACCUGGUCCAGCUCCAAACCUGCAUGCAGUGGUCUCGUCCCCCAACACUGUCAGUCUCAGCUGGGAUGUACCACUUAUAGGCAACGGUGAGAUACAGAACUACAAGAUCUACUACAUGGAGAAGGGCAUGGACAAUGAACAGGAUCUGGAUGUGAACACACUGUCCUACACCAUGACAGGCCUGAAGAAGUUCACGGAGUACAGUUUCAGACUGGUGGCCUAUAACAAACAUGGACCUGGAGUCUCCACUGAGGAUAUAUCAGUGCGCACAUACUCUGAUGUCCCCAGCUCUCCUCCGCAGAACAUGACGGUGGAAGUGCUGAACUCCAAGAGCCUCAUGAUCAGAUGGCAGCCCCCGCCAGCCGAUGCCCAGAACGGAGAGAUCACUGGCUAUAAGAUCCGCUACAGGAAGGGUACGAGGAAGAGCGAGGUGGCGGAGAUCACUUCAGGAUCACAGCUUCAUCAGCUCAUCGAUGGUUUGCAGCGAGGCACUGAAUAUAUGUUACGAGUAUCUGCUAUGACGGUCAACGGCACGGGUCCUGCCACCGACUGGACCACUGCAGAGACAUUCGAGAGUGAUCUGGACGAGUCAAGAGUGCCGGAUGUCCCGAGCUCUCUGCAUGUUCGAUCUCUGGUCAACAGUAUUGUGGUGAGCUGGACACCUCCAGAGAACCAGGACAUUGUGGUGAGGGGUUACAGUAUUGGCUAUGGGAUUGGCAGUCCCCACGCACAGACCAUCAAAGUGGACUAUAAGCAGAGAUACUACACCAUUGAGAACCUGAAUCCCAACUCACACUACGUGAUCACGCUGAAGGCCUUCAACAACGUGGGUGAGGGAAUCCCUGUGUACGAGAGCGCCAUCACACGACCACAGUCAGACCCCAUAGACCCUGACGUUGAUUUGUACGAACUUUUCCAUGCUCCAUACACUCCAGUACCAGACCCUAUACCCAUGCUGCCUCCUGUGGGCGUUCAGGCAUCCGUCCUGACCCAAAGCACCAUCAAAGUCACCUGGGCGGACAACUCGCUGCCCAAGAACCAGAAGAUCACAGACGCGCGCUACUAUACAGUGCGCUGGAAGACCAACAUACCCGCAAACACAAAGUUUAAGGUGGCUAAUACCACCACGCUAAUUCAUACGGUGACGGGUCUAAAGCCCAAUACCUUGUAUGAGUUUUCGGUUAUGGUGACCAAAGGUCGGAGGACCAGUACCUGGAGUAUGACUGCACACGGGACAACUUUUGAGUCAAUCCCAAGUUCUCCGCCGAAAGAUGUGACUGUAGUGAGCAAAGAGGGACGACCAAGAACUAUCAUUGUGAACUGGCAGCCUCCAUCAGAAGCCAAUGGCAAAAUUACAGGUUACAUCAUUUAUUACAGCACUGAUGUGAAGGCAGAGGUUCAUGACUGGGUCAUUGAGCCAGUCGUGGGAAACAGGCUAACCCAUCAAAUUCAGGAGCUGACCCUCGAUACCACCUACUACUUUAAGAUCCAGGCCCGGAACUCCAAGGGCAUGGGUCCCAUGUCGGAAGCGGUCCAGUUCCGCACUCCCAAAGCUGAAUCCUCUGACAAAAUGGCUAAUGACCAAGCUCCAGGCACAUCUGUGAAACCAGGAAGACCUUCUGCACCAGAGCACGGCUUUGGAUCAGCUGGGAAACCAGACAUGUCUGGCACUGGUGAUAACCACAUCCUGGUUAUUGUCAUCAUUGUGUCCGUGGGUGUGUUUACCAUCAUCGUGGUGGUGGUUGCCGCCUUCCUGUGUACACGUCGUACCACAACACAACAGAAAAAGAAAAGGGCCGCCUGCAAAUCCGCCAAUGGAUCCCACAAGUAUAAGGGCAACUCCAAAGAUCUCAAACCACCAGACCUCUGGAUCCACCACGAACGUUUGGAGCUAAAGCCCAUAGACAAAUCACCCGAACCCAAUCCAGUCAUGACCGACACACCAAUCCCCAGGACCUCCCAAGACAUCACUCCGGUGGACUGCUCCAUGGAUCCUAUGCUCCAGAGACGAAACUCCUACCGUGGCCAUGAAUCAGAGGACAGCAUGUCUACACUGGCAGGCCGUCGGGGGAUGAGACCUAAAAUGAUGAUGCCCUUUGAUGCACAACCCCCUCAGCCUGUGAUUAGUGCUCACCCCAUCCAUUCCCUCGAUAACCAUCACCAUCAUUAUCACUUGGGCAGCCUGGCCUCGCCGACACGCAGCUAUCUCCACCACCAGAGCAGCACGCGCUCCAUCGCCACCCCCAUCUCUCAUCUAGACAGGGCAGAGUCCACAGAGUCAGUAAGGAACACCCCAAAUGCAGAGCUGCUCCCUCCAUCUGGGCAGCCAUCUUGCACCACUGACCUUUCAGAGACAGACAUUAGCUUCCACAGCUCAGCCGCUGAGGAGGAGCCAGCGUUCACUACACCCACAGCACACGUUCGACCUACACACCCACUCAAGAGUUUUGCAGUGCCCGCCAUCCCGGCUCACGCAAUGUAUGACUCAGCAGCUUUGCCCAGCACUCCACUGCUGUCUCAGACAGGGCCUCACUCAGUUAAAACAGCCUCUAUUGGUACUUUGGGAAGGACGAGAACUCCUAUGCCUGUCAUAGUUCCAAAUGCGCCGGAUGUCUCAGAUAGCUGCAGACUUCAUGAAGAUGCAGGAAGCAAUUACGAGACGGACGAGUUGUCAGAGGAAAUGGCCCAUCUCGAGGGCUUAAUGAAGGACCUAAACGCCAUCACAACAGCCUGAGCACAAAUCCUCACAAAAACUCUCCUGCCACGGGGAGGACGUUCAGCAGCUGAGGAGUUCUCAAUCAUUCGCUAAAUGGAAAGAGGAGAGUGAGAUAGGGGAAAAAAACAUUAAAGUUCGGCUUACUCUCAGGAAGGAGAAACUCAACAAACAGUGGACAUUCUGAGAAAAGGACAUGUGAUGAUUGGGGUUUUCCCUCAGCAUCCUAAAAUAAACGUUUCCUUUCAUUUCAACGGAAAAGACACCGUUUUGUUAUCCUACGAACGAAAACAAGGAGAAUCUACAAUAUGCUGGUGUACGUGUUGGUGCUCUUAAGGCACAAUUUACAGUGUUUCAUUUGUGUCUUUCCUUUGUAUGUUUUUGUAUCUAUAUAUAUCGCCCCCCGUUCCAGUGAGGUGAACGUCGGACAUCGUCCUUUUUAUUUCUGCGACUCAUUUUGUAUUAAGCAUUUUUCGAUUGACGUCUCUCUCUUUUUUAGUAUGUUAUAUAAUGUGCCAUGUCUUAUUUUUUUCCUUAAACAUGUUUUGUAUUGUUUUAUAUGCAUAUACACGUAUCGGUUUGUACAUAUACGUUUAAAACGGACUCGUCGUCUCCACAGCCAUGUUUUGUGACAGUUUCCGUUAAGUCCGAGACGAGCUGCUUUUUAAUUUGGGGAUUGGAUUGGCGUUCCCCUUCUACAACAUGCUUGUUUUAAAUGGGAGUUCCCUUAAGAUAUGCCUUAUUAAAAUCAGUACAACUGGGAAAUGUUUAUCACACGACACUGUGAUAUUUAUUCCGUACACGCUGAACUGUAUGAGAACGUCGACCUCUAUUACGUAUGCUGUCAAGACUCGGUGCUGAAACUCAAAACUUCAGGUUCUACACGUACAAAUUUGGUAUAUUGGAAAGUGCUUUAUAUGGUCUAUUUCUUUGAAUUCUUGUAUCGAUCGGCGCUUCACAAACUCAACGAAUGACAUUCACUGUGAAGACCUUAUUGUUGGCGUGCAACUUUUAUACGCAACUCCCAGAACUCAUCUUUCAUUUCCCAUUAUAUUUCUUGUAUGUUUCAUAUGAAGUACUUGUAUAGAAUCUCAAUGUGUGAUGGAAAAAAAGAAAAGAACAAAAAAAGGUUGCUCCCCUGCUGGAUAUGGUUUUGAUCUGUACUUUUACCCAAAGAAAAAUCUGUAACAGCAAUCAUUCUCUCAAACGUUUUCUUGAAUGUCAUUCUGGCUGUAAGAAAUUCUGAAAUACUUGGUACAAACGAUGACUUAUUUGGGAUAACCUAUCAAGUGUAGACAGUCAAACCUUUAUUGCACUUUUUCAACAAUUUCAAGAAAAGAGGAAAAAGAACAAACAUUUUUACAUAUCUUGUGUUUUGAAUAUAAAGCUCUAUUUGUUUAAUGUAGUGUCAUAGUUUAGCGUAGGCAGCUGGUCUUAUUUCUUUUGCCUCUGAAAUGAUAUUUGAGCGGCAGGUUUUACUGUGUUGCAUAUGCAGAAUUCUGUUCUUGCUUAUUUCUGUACAAAGAUCUUCUUGCUGUCUCUAGAAAUACUCCGUGGCUUUUUAAAAAAAAUAUUCUGAAAACGUUG